AUGUUUGCUGCUCAGGAGAAGGAGUUGCCUCCACCUCUGGGCGCUGGCCCACACGGCCGCAGCCAGAUUGUGGACUUCUCUCUUCUCCCCAACGAGGUCGCUGAACAUAUACUGUGCUGGUUGGACGCAGCCGACCUUGGGGCAGCCUUGCUUGUGUGCCGCCAGUGGGCGGCCCUCAUCACCGCCCUACCCGCCUGGGCUGAGGCCAAAGCAGCACACGACCGCAAACAGCGAUGGGGCCUACGCGUCCCGUCCAGGCGAUUGGCAACGCAAGUGGAGGAAUAUCGCAUUGCGGUGACCGGCCCGGGCGGCGUCGGUCGCUGUGCAUUCACCGAGCGCUUCAUCACGGGCAUCAUGCCCACUCAGCUAAACGGACCUGAACACAGUUAUCGCAAGCAGCUGACCGUCGAUGGCGUGACGGCCGUAGUGGACAUCAACGUGUCCGCCGGCCAAGAGGAGUACCUGGCGCUCGUACAGCAAAUCCUGAAAACCCGUGAGCUCGACCUGGUCGCCAAUGGAAGCACCUGGGACACUCGCGUGGUCACGCCAGACGAGGGCAAGAGGCUGGCCGACAAGUGGACGGCCUACUCGUGGGGUCUGGGCGCGGAUUCGCAGGCGGCCGAGUACCACUUCCGCCGCAACUUCUUCGAGUGCUCAAUCGAGGAAGCCUACUUGUGGGAGGUGCACGACAUUGGUGUGGUCGUCGACGAGAUGGUGCGUCAGAUCGACAUGUGGCGCCGCGCUGUGAGCGAAGGCGGCGCGGUCCACGCCCAGGGCAAGAAGGAGAGGAAAAAGAAGAGAGGCGACAAGGACAAGAAGUGUCUGCUCAUGUAA